GCCCCAUCAGCCCUCCUUCACUCUGGCGUUGCAAUCGCCUUCGCCUCUCAGCUUUCGCGACAGUAGGAUACCCCGUUUGCUCCAGCCAUGGCGUCUGCUGCCCCCCACGGCGCAUCCACGGUGCCCAAUGGACUGCCGGACGAGGUGAUAACGUGCCUCCAAAACGCCCGCUUUCUCCAUCUUGCAACAUGCUCAAACAACAUUCCUCACGUCUCCUUGAUGAACUACACCUAUCUCCCCAGCACGCCCUAUUGCCCAACACCAAUCAUUAUCAUGACAACGCCAUCCUCCUCCCGCAAGACACAUAACCUAGAGUCCAACUCUCUCGUUUCUCUUCUCGUACACGACUGGAUCUCCCACCGUCCGCCCACUCUGAGCCAGUCAGGCCGUUCGCCUUCACCUUCACGUCCAGCUCCGCGCUCUGGCUCGCUUGCCGAGCUUCUUCUCGGUAUCAACACUGCUUCUCUUAGCAGGUUCAGCACCACCAUCAAUGGCCUCGCUGAACUUGUACCCUCUGGCUCCGAAGAGGAAAAUUGGUACAAGGCUCAACAUCUGGCCAACAAUACUUUUGAUUCAACCGGAGACGACUUUCACUCAACUUCACCUAUUGAAAGAGGCUUAUGGGGUGGCGGAGGCUUGGGAACUGGCGCAACAGAGGAUGCAGCCCCGAGAGAAGGUGAUGGAGGGACAAGAUGCUAUGUCGAGGGCGAAGAGGUCAGGGUCGUGGUAGUCAAAGUCAGAGAUGGUCGGAUCGCCGAUUGGAAAGGUCAAGUGAGGGACUGGAACCUGCUGCUGGAAGAGAACCGAAUAUUCGAGGUGAAUGGAGCAUUGGCUUAGACCUUCCUUUUGACCUUGUUCUGGCAUUCACCUGUUAAUAAAA